AUGCCCAGCCGAACACUUCCGCCAACAACCCUCCGGAGGCGGAGUAGAGGAAAGUCCAUGACGCUGGGAUUUGACGACAUCAAAUUUCCGAAGGUAUACGAAGACGCUUGGGGGACUGGAAAUGUCACAGCUACAGAAAGACCAGAGCUGGAGAGAGCGCAGAUCUUCUUGCUCCGUUUCAUUGUGAUGAACCCCGAUCCUAGCAUCAAUCAUGAACUCCGCUCCAUCGUCGGCAACCGGUAUUACAACACCAUUCCAGCCCUGGCUUUUGCAAUCCAGAUGAAUAUCUUCGCCAACACGCAUGCCAGCUUUGCUGCAACCCCUUUAUUGCAGGCAGUGAGGUUCAUGCUCAUUAAGGGCCGCGUAACGGAUGCCAUCUUCUCCGAGAGAACAAAAGCUGUCGUGGAUUUCUUCUUUGACCCUUCUCUUGCGAGAAACCUGAAUUCGCCUCCAUCAGAGUUUGUCAUCUACAAAUAUCCAGCAGCACGUCUCAAAGUUGCCAUUGUGGGGGGUGGCCCGACUGCGCUAGCGUCAGCCAUUUCGCUGGCGGAGAAGGGCGCAGGAAAGGUCGAAGUUCACGUGUAUGAGAGACGUUGGGUGAAGAGAGUCAGCCCAGGUGGUCACCACUUUGUCGAAUAUCCCUCUCAUGCGAAGCGACGGGAUCAAGUUGUUACUUUGCAGGAUUCAGUCACCUCCCUUCUGACCGCUCCAACUUACGAGGCGCUUUUCGGAGGGCGUCCCGAACCAGUUUGGCCCGGUUCUGCAAACAUUCAGAUUCGAAAAGUCGAGGACCGGCUGUUGGGGCGCUGCCAGGCGUCGGAAUUCCAUGGUCUGAUCCAUCUUCACGCCGAAGGAGUGUCAAGGGAGACACUUGCCCAGGUCGGAGACUUUCAUGUCCUGCUUGGGGCAGACGGCGCGGCCUCGUGGGUCCGCAAGUCCUACUUCCACGGCUACGAGAAGGAGAGAGGUAAAAGUUUCGCGCUUGGUUUGGCCUUCGACCGACCAGCAGGACUACCAUGGUCUCAACCCCUGAACAUGUUCUUAACCCUCGGCCAGACGAGAUAUCUCCUGAACGCCAGUGACUUUGACGGAAAGGGAUAUCUCAACAUGCAGCUCACCGAGGAUGAAUGGCACAGAAUGACUUCGGUUGACGGUCAGCCCGUCACGUUUGGCCAUCCGGGAUGUUUGCGGCGGGCUGAUGGCACCGUCCCUGACGGGUUUGAUGAAAGCCAAGUCUUUGCGCCAUCAGAAGACCGUGAUAGCGCGUUGUGGAAGUCUAUUGAAGACGGUCUGAAGCUUUUCGGCUUUAAAGAAAGUGAAGUCAUCAACGUUGUACGGAUCCCAAUUGUCGUUCAGGCUGUCCGAGAGGGCGUCCAAACUCUUCCGCCUCAGGAUUUGGUUGGUGUGCGGCGCCCACACGCUUUGGUGGCAGUAGCAGGGGACGCCGCCAUGACAGUACACUUUUGGCCCGGAAGAGGGCUGAAUAGUGGCAUCAAGUCCGGAAUCGCUCUCGGUGAUGAGAUUGUUACCGCUCUGAACGACGGGCGGUUCAUCGGCCUUCCCCUGGACGCUAUGAAGGAAUAUAAUGACUUUAUCCUGAAACUCCAGGAUCGGGAGCAUGAUAAGCGUAGCAUUCCUAUCUUAAAUCAGUCAGGGUCACCCGAGAUGUUAGGUUGGCUGUUAGGCAAGGCGAAUACAGUACCGGACAAUGUUGCUAUAGAGUGGCUCAUUGGCGCAAUGACCCAGAUCUCUGACCGUCUCCAGAAGCGUGCUGACUGGCCCUUCGAAUACGAGGCAAAUAUUGAGCCGCAGUUACGCAUUGUUCUGCGGCAGCUCGACUCGGUCACCCUUAAAGAGAUGGCCGUAAGCUUCCCCUGGCCAACCCGAGAAAUGGCUGGAGCAGAAGUUCUUCCCAUCCGCGCUGUGAAGCCAGAGGAAAAGUCACGAUGGCUUACUCAACUUUUCAAUCUGUUGCGGGAGGAGCAGACCAAAGAGAAACUGCCCCUAAGAUCGCCACCGUUAUCACCAUCCUCUGCCUGUUUUGAGGCACCUCGGCCGCGAACAACUUCCCCUAAUCCAAAGGGGCCAGCCUUGCGCCGAAGCAAUGGGACGAGGUCUUCACCGCCUGCUAGGUUCAGCCGGAUCCUUACGGCGCCAGAUACUAAAGGAACCUUGGGACGCCCACCCUCGCCACCCUACGAUGUCCCUCUGGGGAGAGUGCUCAGCGUCAAUCAACGACCAGGCCGUGUGGUCUUGGCCGAGGCUAUGUCUCUGGCUCUUUUCAGAGUUGAAGAGAUAUGA